GAGAGGCAGGCCUCAAACUAAAGCAGAACCUUCUCAAAACUACUUAUAUUUCAAGAGAUGGAUUAAGCGAAAAGAGCUGUACAAAGAAAUAAGCCAUUUUCUAUGCGCCUGUUAUAUGCAAGGCACUGCACUCCCUUGUCACUUGUUAAUUUACAAGAAGACUCGCCGGUCCAGGGAAGGGAGAGGGGAACAGGUGCAAGGUUUGUGGAGGGCGGCAAACUGCACUCCAUGUGGCGCGAGGCUGCGCUUGCGGAGAUCCGGGUUCUGGUGCCUGGCGCCUGCAGCCAGUAGGGGCGCGCGUCCUGCGCAGUUGCCGCGCGCGGCCUCUUCGGGCUUCAGGCCGGGCCAAUCAGGAGGCAGGCGGGAGGGGGCGCGGUACCGGGAGGGAACGGGGCGGGUCGGGCUUCGAGGUCAGCUGGUCCGCAGGGAAGCCUUUGGCUUCCCCACCAGCAAUGGAGCGGUUGACGUUGCCUCCUGGCGGCGCGGCGGCGGUGGACGAGUACCUGGAGUACCGGAGAAUUGUUGGUGAGGAUGAUGGAGGGAAACUUUUUACUCCUGAAGAAUAUGAAGAAUACAAAAGAAAAGUUUUACCUCUGCGCUUACAAAACAGAUUAUUUGUGAGCUGGCGGUCACCAACAGGGAUGGAUUGUAAACUUGUGGGCCCAGAGACACUGUGUUUUUGUACACAUAGGUAUAAACAACAUAAAACUGACUUGGAAACGAUUCCUCAGCAGCGCCCCAUUGAUCUGCCCUGCCAAGUGACUGGCUGCCAGUGCAGGGCUUACCUUUAUGUCCCCUUGAAUGGUAGCCAGCCCAUUCGCUGCAGGUGCAAACACUUUGCUGAUCAGCACAGUGCUGCGCCUGGCUUUGCAUGCAAUACAUGUUCCAAGUGUUCAGGAUUCCAUAGCUGCUUCACUUGUGCUUGUGGUCAGCCUGCAUAUGCCCAUGACACAGUAGUGGAAACUAAGCAAGAAAGAUUGGCUCAGGGAAAACCAGUGGGACAGGACAUUCCUUAUGCAGCCAUGGGAGGAUUAACUGGUUUCAGCUCGCUGGCGGAAGGCUACAUGCGGCUAGAUGACAGUGGGAUUGGUGCACCUUCAGUUGAAUUUUUAGAAUCUCCCAUUACGGCAGUAGACAGCCCAUUCCUAAAAGCAUUUCAAGCAUCAUCUAGUUCUUCUCCAGAAACGUUAACAGAUGUAGGUACAAGUCGUCAAGUUUCUUCGUUAAGGAGACCUGAAGAGGAUGAUAUGGCUUUCUUUGAAAGACGAUACCAGGAAAGGAUGAAAAUGGAAAAGGCUGCUAAGUGGAAAGGAAAAGCUCCAUUGCCAUCAGCUACAAAACCUUCAUGAAGACUAUUGGAGAAAUUAAAACCAUCAUCCAAGUAUCUUUUUCAUGUUUAUUUAAAUGUAAUAAUACAGUUCAUUUUUCCUGAAAUUAUUUACUUUUUUUUUUUACUGUAUAAAUGUCUUUUGGGAUGUUUCCUUAAUUUAUUUAAAUAACUAAAAAUGCCUAUUACUUUUGUCAAAACUCAUAAUUUACUACUUUGUAUGUACCUUUCUUUCUCCUGACAAAUGAGGUUAUUUUAUAUGAGUCUGUCUGAGAGUACAGUAAAUGUUUUUAGUACAUAAUAAUUUAACUGUUUCAGGUAUUUAAAAAAUUAAAGAUAUUAUCAAGGGUUUUGGACAAGUAUAUGAGCCAUUUUUUUGUCAUUCAAAAUAGUAAGUUAAAAACAAGAGAACAAAACAAAAAAAUAGUUAAAAUCAUUAAUUUUUUUAUUUUUCAAACUUUGUAAUGUUAUGUUUUUAAAUAAAAACUAUCUUAAAAUUUUACAACCA